AUGACUGUCAACCCUCAGGACUGGGAGGCCGUCUCGGCCGGCAAGCGCGCUGCGCGCGACGCGCUCAUCCCCAAGGCGUGGAUCAUCAAGGACGUCGAGGAGCGUAACGUCCAGAGCGUCGCCGAGAGCUGCGGCGUCCUUUCGCCCGAGGAGAUCAAGAUCACCGACACUGAGGCGCCUGAGCUUGUCAAGAAGAUGGUCAACAAGGAGCUCACGUCCGAGCAGGUCGUGACUGCGUUCUGCAAGCGCGCGGCCGUUGCCCAGCAGCUCACCAACUGUCUGACCGAGAUCCUGUUUGACGACGCGAUUGAGCGCGCCAAGGCGAUCGACGCCGCUUACGCCGAGACCGGCAAGCCCGCUGGACCUCUGCACGGUCUCCCCAUCUCGCUCAAGGACAACUUCAACGUCAAGGGCGUGGACACGACCGUCGGCUUCGUUGCGUGGGCCAACGACCCGGCCUCCAUCGACUCGGAGCUGACGCAGCUUCUGCGCGAGCAGGGUGGCAUCAUCUUCUGCAAGACGAACGUCCCGACUGCCAUGAUGAUCGCCGAGAGCUACAACAACGUCUGGGGAUACACCGCCAGUCCGUGGAACCGCGACACCUCGUCUGGAGGCUCCAGCGGCGGCGAGGGUGCCCUUCUGGCCUUUAAGGGAUCUCCCCUCGGCGUUGGUACCGACAUCGGCGGCAGUAUCCGUAUCCCCUGUGCCCUCUCCGGCAUCUAUGGCCUGAAGCCGUCCUUCGGCCGUUUCCCGACAUACGGCGCCCGCUCCGGAAUGCCGGGCCAGGAGGCCGUGCGCUCCAUUAACGGGCCGAUGUCGGCUUCGCUCGAGGCGUGCAAGCUGUGGUGCCGCACUGUCGUUGGCUCGCAGCCGUGGCUCCGGGACCCGUAUGUCGUCCCGAUCCCCUGGCGCGAGGUCCAGCUCCCCGAGAAGCUUUGCUUUGGUAUGAUUGUUGACAACGGUCUCGUCCGCCCUCUGCCGCCGGUGCAGCGUGCGCUCCGCGAGACCAAGGCUGCUCUCGAGGCGGCAGGCCACAAGGUCGUCGAGUGGACGCCGUACGACGCGGCCGAGAGCAAGUCGCUCCUGGAGCGCUUCUUCGCCGGCGACGGUGGUGCGAAGAUCUCCGGCUUCAUCAAGGAGGGAGGUGAGCCGUGGCCCAAGGGACUGGAGGCUUUCGAGGCGGCCGCCGAGCACUUCAAGGACAAGCCGCCCGCGGUCGGCGACCUCUGGACGCUCCAGGCCGAGCGCUCCGCUUAUGCGAAGAAGGCGCUCGACCACUGGAUGGCCUCUGCCGAGCUCACCGGCACUGGACGGCCGUUCGACGGUGUCAUCUCGCCCGUGUCGGCCUACGCCUCGUGCCCCCGCUACACGUACGAGCAUGUCACGUACACGUCCAUGUGGAACAUCACCGACCAGAGCAGCGCCGUCUUCCCCGUCUCGUUCGUCACGGAGCAGGACGAGAAGGUCCAGAUCCAUGACUUCCGCGACGACGUCGAGAAGCGCAUCUGGGAGAGGUACGACCCGCAGGAGGUCAUCGGCGCUCCCGUUGGUCUCCAGGUUGUCACGAUGCGCCUCGAGGAGGAGAAGGCGCUCGCCCUUGCUGAGGUCGCCGCCAAGGCCCUGGGUAAGAUCUAG